UUUUUGUUUUAGGGUUUAUGAGGAAACAGAGAUGGGUUCCGUGGCUGAGAACGGAUGCAAAUGCGGAUCAAACUGCAGCUGCGAUCCCUGCAACUGCAAAUGAAGAAGAAGGGCAUGAACAUGCCAAGAACAAAGCAGCAGUGUCAUGUUAUAAUUAAAGAUAUAAUUUAAAACUAGUGUUGUUUGAGAGUCUGUAUUAUCUACGACACAGCUUGCUAUAAAUAAGAGACGGCUAGUUCUGGUCAUGAAUUGAAUUGCUGCUUUGUAUUUGAAGAAUGAAUCUCUAAUCUAAUA